UUUUCAUCAAUUAAAACGUUGUGCUACGUCUUAUCUCCGUUGUCUGUGUCUUAUUAACGACGUAUAGCAACGAUAGAAAUCGCAAUGCAGUUGUACUGGGAGAUGUACCAGUGGAAUGCGGUGGAUGUAAAGGUUGAUGGCGUGCUGCAGCACGGCUUCGUCGUCGGCCUGCACAAAGACCCAAGGAUGCCUCCGCGUUUGAUUGUCGAUUUUGGAUGUCCUGGGCAGCAGUCGGUGCUAGUGGAUCACGGGAAGGCCUUUGACUGCUCUACUUAUCCACGGUACACUGUGUACAGAGUUCGCGAAGGAGAAAACGUGGAGGUGCUGUUGCGUGACCAUCCAAAUCGUCCCCGGAAAUGGUAUCCCGGAAAAGUCCUCGUUCGCAUGUUUGCGAACCAAAACUUGCAGGAUUUCAUUAUGGUAGAGGUAGCGAGAGCCGGAUAUCGCUCUGCUGAAUUGGUUUUUCGGGAGCAGGUCCGCUUGCCGUCCUCAGAGGAAGAUCUUCGGCAGAGGAUGGUACAACCUGGUGAAUUCGUGAUGCAGACGUGCAGGGUGCCAGACGGCUACUGGACUGAAUGGACUCGGAAGCCGGCUGAGGGGGCGUCUUUGCUCGGCCAAGUGGAGAAUAGCUUCGGUGUGCGAUUCUUUAAUAUUCUCAGCCAGUCGAUGCACAGCGUUCGGCGAACUCAGAAGCCGCAUGUGACGGACGAAGAUGUGGCGCAAGAGUUUAAGAGAGUAAGACGCCAGAGGCGUCGAUUCCGUAAAUGGCGCGGGACUAAAACUUCCGUUGAUGUAAAGGAGAUGUUAAACGGCAUGCAGUGCAGCGAGCGUUUUAGUUUGGCGCUGUCAUUGAACGUGCUGAGAGAGGUCUUCCAUUCACUUGAUACCGUCGAUCGACAGCGCUGCCGACGCACCAGUCAGUUGUGGGAAGCCAUUCUCUCUUCGGCAGAGAUGUCAAAAGAUGUUCUGGUUUCACGCGAGGACUGUGGUUUUUCCCGUGUUAGAGGAUGGGACUGGCCUUCGGAAUGCGACUACGCGGUCUACGCCUGUAUCUUUAAAUACGUCACUCCAGCCACGCGUACAGUCUGCAUUCGCCCUGGGGAAGUGGACGGCUGGAUGGGUCACGAAGAUUUUGCCAGAGCUUACGAAGCCGUAGAACUGAUUAAGCAAGUUUUGGAUACCGCUGAAGUUCGCGUCGAUCGUUUGGUGGAGCGCCAACGGUCACUGACGAUCCAGUUUGAUCAAUUUAACUUGCAAGCUUUUUUUGCUGAAAUGGUCGCGCAAAUUUCCCGACUGGCGUCCUGCUGCGAUCGUUUAUUCUGGGAAGAUUAUACGCUGCAGUGUGAAGACCGCAGAAGUGGGGUCUUGAUGAAAUUCCGAAUUCCAUUCGCUGUUUUUGCCCCGGCAAAUAUCGACGAAGCGCAAAUUUGGGACGUGUUUGAGAAGCAUUUGUGUGCAGGGACGUGUUUGUGUGACGGUUGGAUAUUAAGCGAUGCUCAGCACAUUGCACGCCGCUUAGCCAAUCUGACGAAUACCCGUGCCAGAGCCAAGGGAGUGAAGAAGAUUCUGGAGAAUUUUCAAGCCUGUGAUCCGCGACCGUCCGCGCAUUAUCGGGGACAUAAGUGGACAUUAUAUAAUGUGGCGGCAGCGGACCUUAGCAAGAUGAAUAAAUUUUGCUUGCACACGUUGUGGCGCUACAUCUGGAAGUGGGAAGGCCCUUCUGCGGAUGAAGAAUCCAGCGACAGCUCCGAAGACGAUUAA